AUGGGGUAAUAUGCAUCAAGAGUGCUUUUCUAAGAAGGAGAAGUUUUAGAGGAAGAAACAUUUUAAGAAAAUUACUUCUUUACAGAAAUUUACAUCAAAUAAAAGGAUUACCUUAAUUAAUAUAUCAAAGAAGUUCUCAAUUAUUAUAAAGACUUUGAAUAAGAAAAAGACUCUUUAAAAAGUGGUACAAUCCAAAAAGAUUUUUUUAUUGAUGACGUUUAUAGAAAGCUUAAGAGUUUUUUAUGCGUUAAAGUUUAAGAUAGACUUUACUAAUUAAAUUCGUCUCUUGGAAAUCAACAGGAUUUACUAGGAAAUGAUCAAGGUAGUGAUCAGACUUUAAAUUAAGAUAAAUAAAUAAAAGAGCUUAUAAAAUUCUUCUAUGGUUAGAAGGAAGCUUACAUACCAGAUUAUCAUUAAUACGAGCAACAUAAUUGUAAUAUUUUCACAAAAACAUUAAAAGUUAUCAAAGAUUUUAGCAAAAUCAGAGAUAUUGGUUAAAAUGAUUCUUCAUUUAAAUAGUUUUUGUUGUUUUAAAGUAAACCUGAUUAAGUUAUAAGAUUUUGGAUACUGAUUUGCAUUUUGUGUGGGUACAUUUUUUUGAAAAAAAUGUUUCCGAAUAGCGAUCCUUAAGAAGGGAAUAUGAAAUUAAUAGUUUGCUUUAUUAUAUCACAAGAAAUUCUAUUUUUGCUAUUGGAUGUGCUAUCUAGAUGCUCCAAUACUAAUGUUAAUUUUGAAACUUCCUACUAAGAUAAAAUACAAUAAUUAGAAAGAAUGGAAAUAAGCGAUGAAGAUCUCUAAAUUGAAUUUAUGAGAAAACCACUUGAACUUGAGAUAGUACUUUAAAUUAAAUUUCAUUACUUGAGUAAAAAUUAGAAGUAAUUUAAAAGACAAGUUAAACUUUUAGAAAAAAGGUUAAAUAAAAACGAUUCGUAAAAUUUAGAUAUUCAAAUUAAAAAAAACAGUUUGUAAUAUUAAAAUUUUUCAAUUUACCAAAAUAUCAAAACUUAAAAAAAUAACACUGCUACGACUAAAGAAAAAUAAAUUGGAGAAAAAAAUGAAAUAUUUGAAGAGGAUGUUAAAGAAACUUAAUAGAAUAAAUUUCAUGAAGAAAAUGGAUAGGAUAAAAUUAAUGAAGAAAAUGAAUAGAAUAAAAGUAAAUAAGAAAAUGAAUAGAAUAAAUGUAAUUAAGAAAAUUAAAGCAUUUAUUUAAGCUAAAAUGAUGAAAAAAAAGACUAAAAUAGAUUUUUUUUUGAUGGGAUGAGCAUAUUCUAUUCGUAUAUAUUUUAACCAUAAGAGAGUGGCCUUUCACAAAAAACGAUAGGUGUAGAUUUAGAUUAUCUUGAGCUUUAUGAAAAAAGAUUAAAGCAAGACAAUAGACUAGUUUUUGAUGAUAUUGGCUAAAAAGGUUAUAAAUUCUCAUUUUAUAGUUGCAUUGUGUUUAUUUUGUUGUUUUAAACGGUUCUAGAUUUUGAAGGUGUACCUAUCUAAAUAUUGAAAUCUUUCAGAAACUCACUCAAGAGAUUAACUUCAAUAAUAAUUUAUGACAGAAGCAAUACAAACAGAUAAAAACACAAUCCAGAUAUGAGAUGCUACCAAGUUUAUUUUAAAAUAAGUUAGAAAACGAAUUAGCCUUAAUCAAAUUAGAAAAUAGAAUAAAAAAAUUAGUUCAUGAAUUCUUUAUCAUAAAAUGAUUUACUCUAAUCUUCAAAUCUUAUACAAGAAGAUGAAAAUUAAAGUAUUUACCAAGAAUUGAUUGACCAAUAAAAUUUAGAAAGCUAAUAAUUAAAAUUUAAGAAUGAUUUAUUGCGAAAUUCUCAAGACUUAGUUAUACUUAACCAUCAAUAAAAUAAGUAAAAAAAUCAAUAAUUAAUUUCAAAAGAAGAAAUGCAAUAGCAUAAGGAGUAUUUAGAAAAAUUAAUUUUAUAAUAUGAUAUAAUAAUAAAUGAUUUAUAAAAUCAUGAAUCAGAAAGUUAGCUUUACUUUUUAGGUAUUUUACCAAUAAACGAUAAACAAAAAUAAGUUGUUGUAAUAUCCCUAGCACCAUUUAUUGUAACAUUUAUCAUUAAAAUUUUUAAAAAAUGGGAUUUUUAUUAUAUUUUCAAUUACUUUGAAGAAAUAUGGAAAUAAUCAAAACUAUAAUGA